UUUCUGAUACGUCAAUCAGUUUUACAAUCCUCAAACUCUAUUCGUGUCAUCGCAAAAAUCCGGAAUAGUGAAAUCUGCAAAUUCCAUCGGAUAUAGUGUUCGGAGUGUUGAAUUCAGUGUGAAAAUGUGCUGUAAACCUGGCCGUCCGUAUCCAGCAUUCGGUUCCGGUUGCUAGGACGACCAGCAGUGUUAUUGCUAUAUUCGUUUAAGUUUAUGUGAAUACGUGCGCGACAUCUCCAACAACCACAGCUGUUGCGGAAUAUCGUGCGAGUGUGCAAAGUCGUUGAUUGGCCUGUCGAUAUCAUCGCACACAAUUUCCCUUUGUACAAUACCACCUAUCGACGAUGGGCGGAAAAUGUGCGUAAUUGGAUCAUUCGCUAAUUGAUGGAGCAGCAGCCAAAUGACGACAGCAGCCAAAUCAUCAGCUAGGAACACAGCUUCUCAGCCGGGGGGAUAACAGCUACCCUCCGUCACCGGCGAGUACUUCACACGACAAGUACUUUAGCUCUUCUGGUUUAGUAGCUGUCAUUCGCCGUGUAGUGGUCGCGUCUGUCGUUGAAUUAUUGCCUCUGGCUGACGUGAACGAAGAAGUGAGACAACGUGUUAGAAUAUACAUAAUAGUGUAAUUAGUUAAUUAAUUAAAGUGAUUGUAGAACCCAGGAACCUAGCUGGAAAAAUAUCAUUCCUGAUGUCGUCAAACAGAUUGUAGACUUUGAAAUCCGACUAUACUUGUUAUCGUGGUUUUUUUAUCUUUUGUUAGUUUCGUUAUCCACUGGUUAAAAAACGUGUAAUCGUACUGAAAAGUGGAAGAAUUGUGAGUGGCGUGCGCUUUACCGAGAUACUUGUGGGGAAAGACAAAGGACAAAAGCAUAAUUGAAACUACAGACCAAAGCGGUGGUGGUGUGGGUGCCUCCCGGAAAAAGAUCUUUUCGAUGGUAAAGGCACCUUUGUUACCCCCCGUGCCACAGCAGCAGAUACUAUCACAGAAAGAGGUCGGCGGUCAGCAGAUACAGCAGCAACAUUUUCAUCAAUAUUCCUUCCCACCGCCGACGACGCAAUACUACCAAAUAGGUACGGUGAAGAAACAUCGUCGUCUACAGAUGGCGACGGAACCACCGGGUGGCGGAGGUGGCAGUGGAGUGUCGGUGAUCCCGACGACAACGACCACAGCCGCUAUUGCAGUAGUUGCUCCCACUGCUCGCACCGUUCAGGUAUCGUCUGCUUCCUCUGCUAAUGGAAGCGGUGCCGCAUCGAUCCUUUCGAUGCAAACUGGUGCUACCACACUGAAAGUGGCUCCAAAUUUGCAGCCUCAACGUAUUCAAUCUAUGCACCAUAUACACCAUCACCACCAUCAUCAGCUGAUCAACGGAAUAGCUACGGUAGCAACGGCCAGUGCGGCGGGAGCCGCGGCCACUAUUGCUGCGACACCUAUACCGACAAAUCCCGGUGUGGCAGCUGCUGGGCAUUCUGCCGCCGCUAGUGCAGCUGCAUGGCCAAUCGUGGAACCGGUGUUUCACUUUGGACCCGGUUUCGAACCACAAACACGUCCCUACUGCGCUGCCCAUCCGCAACCAUCGGAGCAUGUGGUUCUCUUCCACGUCAGCCCGGGAGUAUCGGUGACAUUCCAGAUCGGGAAUAGUCGAGAAAUUAUACGAGGUCCAGUCACCGUGCCGAUGGUGUCUCAGAAUGGUACUCCUCCCAUGGCAAUGCCGGUGCAGGUUCCGCCGGGCCAUGUGAUGCAGCAGAUCGUCGACGAAAAUGGCACCCUGCGGCAUGUUAUCCUAUCCACCCAGCACCAGCAGCUCGGCCAAGGUGGCGUCCAACAUCACCUGCAUGGACAUUUUAUUAAUGGUACCACACCGCAGUUCUUCAACCCUAUGGCCGCUGGCUACCAAGCGGGACCAAGUCCAGGAGCACCACACAUCUACCAAUCGCCGCUCAUCUCUGGUGCCGGAGCGGGAACAGCAUCAGGAGGAGGUACGGGUUCCGGGGCUACUCACACGCUGCACACACCGCAGUCUAACGUAACUCAUUCGCCAUCGCCUCCGCACUCCACCAACAAUCAGUAUCACAAAGAUGAGAGAGCGCUUAGGCAGCAUACAAAACUGCUUCGGAAACUAGACCAGAAACAAAGAGAACUGAAUGCCUCCCUUACAACACCGAUCAAUUCACCUCGGAAGCACACGGAAGUGAACGGAAAUGUACGCAAACAUCAGCAUCACCAACAACAACAACAACAACAACAACAACAACAGCAACAACAACAACACCAGCAGCACCUACAACAGCAGCAAACCCUUCAGCAACACCAUCAUCAGCAUCCGGUUUCAGGUGUCCAGCGCAAUGGGACAUCAUCGGUGACCACGUCUGAAGAUGGCGAGGAAUCAUCCAGCAUGCCAGACGAGGAAGAUGACACCCAGACCAUCAUUGAGCAUCUGAGCUCGGUGCCAUCACCGCAGGUUAAUGAGAUUACGUCUCGGUCUGCGCUAUUCCAAUGGUCACCACCAAGUCCACUUCCUCCGGCUGAAUCGCCGUUGCCUUUCAAUGUGCACGAUCUGCACUACGAACUGUUGCUCAGUGAUCCGGGGAAGGAGAAUAAAUACAAAAGCAUAUUCAAGGGUAGUUCGCUAAGCUGCAUGGUGCAGGACUUGCGACCCGGCCAAGAAUAUACGGUUCGCUUACAGGUUUAUCUGGAUCAACUGCAUGGAUCACCGACGGAAGCCACGGUUUUCAAUACGCCCGCUUGUGAACCGGACGUUCCAAAGACUCCCAUUCUAAUAGCUAGAACAAAAAAUUCGCUUCAGCUUCGCUGGAAUGCUGCAACCGACAAUGGCGCACACAUUACCAAUUACAUUCUCGAGUACGACAACGGAAAGUAUAACGGAAUGGUUCACCUGAUCAAUUCCCAAAAUUGUGAUUUUGUAGAGGUAUGUAAAACGAAAGGUAAACAGUUCACGGUGAACAAACUGCACCCUUCCACGUGUUACAUUUUCCGACUGGCGGCGGUGAACGAGUUUGGCCGCAGUGGUUAUUCGGAUCUGGUGAAAUUUAACACUGCCGGUAAUCCACCACCGCAGCCGUCACCACCGACGUUGCAACACGCAACGGCAGCCUCGCUCAAACUCGCCUGGCAGCGACGUUCGCCGAGUGAGGGUUUCACGCUACAGAUGAACGACCCGGACCAGGGCUACGGUUACAAGAACAUCUACACCGGAAUGGACACCGUGUACGAAUGUGUAGGUUUAAGACGAGCAACGACAUUCCAUUUUAGGGUAAAAGCUGAGAACGAAAAUGGCCAAAGUCCGUUCAGUAAGGAGGUUAUUUUCAAUACACUUCCCUCCUGUCCGGGCCGACCGACGAAACCUCAGGUGAAGGGUAAAAUUCACGCCACAGCAUUUAGGGUCAAAUGGGAUCAACCGGUUGACACGGGUGGUGCGGAAAUUAGUCUCUACCAUCUGGAAAUCAAUUCUUGCUCGAUGUACGAACGGAUCUACAGUGGCAAGGAGUCGGAAGCGCAAAUCGAACGGCUUAAUCCCGGUACGGCCUAUCAGAUCCGGGUACUGUGCGAGGGUCCUGGUGGUAUCAGUCCGUUCUCGGAAUCAUGCCUGGUAACGACGGAAUCGGUACCACCGAGGGCACCGCAGCGACCGUACUGCAAUGGUGCUCCGACGCCAUACGCCGCCUGUCUCCUGUGGGACGAACCGGAUUACAAUGGAGGUGCACCUAUUCUCGAGUACGAAAUGGAGGUGGAGAUGACGAACAAAACGCGGAGCUCCUGCUACCGUGGCAAGGACAAGUUCUGUGUGGUGAAGGACCUCAGGCCGGGUGAACUGUACACGGUACAGGUGCGUGCAAUCAAUCGUGUUGGGGCGGGUGAUUGGUCCGAGGAGUACAGUUUCCAUGCCGGUGCGGCUCAACCGAAUGCACCCAACGAACUGCACAUUUCCAUUAAAUCGCCAACUCAUCUAACUGUGAUCUGGGACGAACCGCACUGUAACGGGGCACCGAUCAGCGAGUACAUCCUACAGUCAAGUACCGCCAGUGAUGCCGACGCCGAACUGCUCUUCCAGACUGUCUACCACGGUCAGCAGCGUACUGCUGAGCUGAAAAAUCUCGCACCAUUCACCAACUACCACUUCCGGGUAUGUGCAGUCAACAGUGCCGGCAGUUCACGGUACUCUUCGACAUUCUCGCAAAAAACUCCAGCGGCCCCGCCAAAUGUCCCCGUUCUAGGGCAGCACAAAAUUACGGCCAGAAGUAUACUUAUCGAUUGGGAAACGCCACAGUGCAAUGGUUCACCAAUUACCUACUACAACAUCGAGUGUGGCGAUCGUGUGAUAUCGAGAGAUGCUGCUUCGACUCUUUGCCGAAAUCGCAGCAAACAGGAAGCUCUCAGACAAGACGAUGACCUUACCGAAGGCGAUGAUGAUGAUGAACAGGAGGAAGAAGAUUACGAUGAGGAUGAGCAAGAAGAUGAAGCGCCAACAGCUUCGGCUGAUGAACAGCAGGAGGAAUCGGAAUCGAAUUUAUUAGAUAAUACGAGUGCUAGUGCGGUUGUAAAUAUCAACCGCAAUGAGUUGUUAAUCGAUGACUUACAUCCGGAGUCACCGUACAAGCUGAGAAUACAAGCCGUGAACGAGAUCGGAACCGGUCCGUUCUCAACGUAUAUCAAAUUUGCUACAGCACCACUGCCACCAAAACCACCAAAGCUGGAGUGCAUUCAGUUCGGGUUCUCGCACUUGAAACUACGCUGGGGCGAGGGUAAGAACCUAGCUGACCUCGCUCGGUACUACGUUGAGCUGGAGAACAAUCGUACGGGCGAGUAUCAAAAUGUUUAUACGGGAACACGAAGCACCUGUAAAGUGAUGAAACUACACGAACUGACAGCGUACACAUUCCGGAUAGCGGUCGAAACAAAACACGCCGGGAUGGGCGACUUUUCCGAGGAUUUCGUCUUUGUGACGACCGCAGCAACACCUAAUACCAUCAAGGCACCGCGAGUGUACAUAGAACCGAUCAGUGGAAGUGGUAACAGUUCACCGCAGCAUCCCCCGUCCUCGGUGAAUGGCAGUGUGAGCAAUUUGAACACUGCUGUUCUCCAGGGCAGUACCCAUCUGACCACCGGUGGUGGUUCGACGAUCGGUAUCGGCAUGCUGACUAUAGAGUGGCAAUCCAGUCGGAAUAAUCCGUUCUCCGACACGAUCGAGUACGUUCUUCAUAUGGCCAAAACAAAGGACCAGGAGUUUCAAGAGGUUUAUCGGGGUCCGGAAACGCGUCACACUAUCCAGAAUCUGUGCUACGGAGUAGGUUACCUGUUCAAGGUUUGUCCGAUUCGUAUCCGUUCCAAUGGAGAAGAAAUCUUCGGUCAAUUUUCGCCGGUGCUGCAUCACCAGUUGACGCCCCAUCGGAGCUCGAUCAGCUCGCAUGGCUUCUCCCGACAUGGUGGCCACGAUGAAGUGGACGGUUCGUGUUCUUCCACGCGGACCCUGUUUGCGGGGAACGUGGUAAAUAGUCGAGGUGAACUCAUCCUUGCCAAUACUUCCUCCGGAGCUCACCUUGGUUCCGGAGCCUACGGUGACCAUAAUCAGGCGAAUCAAAACGCAAACACUGCUGCACAGGCCCUGCUACAUCUACCCAAAGGUAAUCUAAUGCAGACUAUUUCCGAACUGUUCGAGGCGGAUUCUAGCAAAGCGGUUCUAUUCGUUUUCAUCUUUAUCGUACUGUCGAUGAUUGUCGCUGCUUGUUUGAAGUAAACUGAUGAAAAAAAAAAACCGUUACCUUGGGGUAGAGCGAAACGGAUUGGAACUGUGUUGUGUCUAGCUAAGGGUUUAAAUCGGAACUGCCCUUCCUCGACAAAAGCUACAACCGUAUCCUUUCUCAUGCCUAAUCUAACCGGUAGUCAACUGGUCUCUCUCUCUCACAUUGCCUUUUUUGCUUCGUUUCUGCCGGACAGGCAGCGAAGGAGAGGCAUUCUAAUCAUACAUUUAUUUUCCGCUGUGCAUUUUAAUUAUCAUUGUCACAAGUGCUACUCGAUUGAUACUAAUAGCAGUCACCAAUGUCCAACUCAGCCGAAAAUCAACAACAACAAGUAGAAUAUGCAGAGAUGUGAAAGUAAAAAUGUAAAAAAAUAUUGCUGUCACUGUUAUCACUGCUACUACGCAUUAUGACUAUCGCUAAACUGGGAAAAUUGAAAUAUUACACGUAUAGCUAAAUUGUGUUGUAAAUUGUUGAACAAAAAAAAAUUGUAUGCAAAUCUUCACAUCCCCCCUCCCCCCAGUGUUCGAUGAAAAAACAAAUGUCAAAAAAUGUAGGGAAAGAUUAAAAAAGUACGAAGCGGUAACAUAUAGGUAACAACAAAUAUUCUAUGUUAAAUUUGCUAUAUUGUUUAUGUUACACUUAUUCUCAUUAUUAAAGCAAAAAGUAACGAAAUGCGGAACGAAUGUGCAGGCUCACUUAGGAAAGAAAAAAAUACGAUGAGGAUGUUAAAUAACACAUUGAAAAUGAAAAGCUAGAGUGUCCUUAUUAUACGCUUAGAGAGAACCGAGAGAAGACGGAGAAAAAGGUUUGUUGCUCCGAAGAAUCGUCUAACAUAUAUGGGAAUGUUUAUUUUGUUUAUGGUUCGGUUUCUGGCGCGUUGUGCUUAGUUCAUCGUUCGCCUUUUCAUUUGUGACAAAAAAAAAUGCGAAAGAGGCAGUGAAAACCACAGCUUGAUUAAGGAAUGCUAGACAAAAAAAAACUAACAUAAGGAAAAAAAACAAGGAAAUCUAUAGUAUUAUUAAUUAUAAACGAGCAGGAAGGGGUCGUCACCCUAACACAGCAAGACAGACAGACAGGAAGGCCUCUCAACUGAACGGAUAACGUGUAAACAUAGUUCUAUCAUAAUAUUCAACUCACUAUUAGCUAUUACACAAAAACAAAAAUACUUUCUACUCGAAACGAGAACGGAACAAAACCAACCUUUAACAUAAAACAUCGAGAAAACUGAAUGCAUUCCAUAGAAGCUCUUUUUUUAAUAUUACGUUUUACAGGCAAUAUACUUAGAAAACGAAAAAAAAAUCAAAAAACUAAAAUAACACAUAUGCUUAACAAAGGUUCUCCAUUUGUAAUCAUCUAGCAGAGGAAAAUUUAUAUAACGCGAGCUAAAAAAGCAUCAACACAAAAAGAAAGCAGACACAAACUAACACUAUUACGGCAAUGAGAUCUGAUACAAUUACCUACUGAGUUUAAAAUUAUAUAUUUCACACACCCCUCUCUUCUGGCGUAGAAAAAAAUCGAAAAUCUUCCAAAGACUACUUCAGCCUACAGAAUAGAUAGUCAGUAAUGACAGCAAUAGUUAUUUUGAAUUUUCACGUGGCGAAAUAUUAUCUUAUUGCAAUCAGUUCGCGUAAGGUCCCACCGGAAGACUGGGAAACAUAAAAUCAAAUUGGCGUGACUAAGCGCGUCUAAAAUAAUUGGUUCAAAGAGGAACUGCGACAUGUGAGAGUGCUGCAAUAAAUCGUCUCAAGGUCCUGAGAGUGUUAUGAGCCUUCUUCAACACGAUAUUCACUUGGUGAAUCUAGUUCCUAUUGCAGUCAAAUUAUACGCUAUGGUUUGUUACACUGCUACAAAGAGGAAUUGUCGAACUAGUGGCUUUUCUUCGGAUUGGGGAACAGGCAAUGUAUGGUGCUACAAGAUCUUCAAUUAUGUUGUGGACGAGUCUGGUACUGCGCACUCAGCGAUUGUCGUCCAACUGGGAUCAGCCACUGCGGAAAGAUGAGUUCAAGCCACAUGCAUCCAGCAAAAAUAACUGCCGAACAUCGUCCGGAAGGGUUAACGCGUAUAAAAAAACGUCCUCAACUGGUUGACCAGACUCUUUAUCUGCGGCAAACCAUUUCACUUCCGUUGGGGUGACUUCUUUUCUUUGUUGGAAAUACGGUUUAAAUCCUGGCCCUGGUGUGAGCUUUACCAACCUUCAAGCCAAUCCAACUGCUUCCUCUACAGCACCUAAGCUUUCAAGGUAAUCCACGUAGUGCCUUUUUCUUUAUUGAUACCUUCGUACACAGGAAUCUUAAUUCCAACGUUGUCACGUGUUUUAAGUUGUUCUGCAAAACGAAACGUUCGGCUUGGACUACCGUGUUGAAUGAUAUCAAUACCGCAUUGCGGAGAUGAUGCUGCUUAAGAAGACCGUAAACCUAAGCUCCAAUUUCACCUACAAAAUGUAUUCCACUUUACAAAUUCUUGGUCAUAUUGCACAAAAUUUAAAGUCAUCGACCGCAGUGUUGGGCCGAAACAGAGCUUUUUCGUUAAUUUUUCUCACGAUCGCUAGAAUAAAUCCUUUGUUCUCUAGACAAUGUAUACCAGAUCGAGAGGUUGCUAGCUUUCUUUCGCUUGUCUUGACUGUAGGUCUAACUCGGACAGAAGCAGUGUGGCCAUUUUUGCAUGAGGUCAGAUCCGUAGAUUUUGAGUUAAACCUACCAAAAUCCGAAAUUUUUUGAGAAAUCAUGGUAUGUGAAUUUAGAAUUUUUAUAUUUGCUCCUAAAUAAAUACGGUAGCCAUUCGCUGUCCUGGAAUUAGUUUCACUUUCUCGUAUUAAUAAAGAGGUGAACCGGAGCUUUGGGGCAGUUUUUCAGCAAGUCCAUUCAAUACUUUUACAUUUUAUAUCACGUAAUGGUUUAUAUUUUGUCUUUGGAUAAUUGAAAGAAUCACGUUUUUAUUAGAUUUGCACAUUAUUCUUUACUAACAAAAAAAAAACAAAAACUAACACCGACUCUUUUUUAUACUUGGACGGCGAACGGUUCACACUGAUUUCGAAAAGAAUUGAGUUAUGUUGCAUAAACUCGAUAGAAAACGACUAUAUGAAGGUUCCACCUCUGCAAAAUAAUUGACUGUAGAAAGAUCCCAGAUCCUGAGUCCCAUGUUGGCUGAUUUACAAUCUUUAAAAAAAUAGUAGAUCAACGACAUGCACGGCAGAUCCCAGCUGCCGAAGGUUACAGGAAUACGGACAUUGGUGGUCUACCUCAAACUCUUCUGACCGGGACUUGGCAUCAUGAUAUUCUGAGCAUGACCAAACAAUGUGCUCGAUGUCGUGGUAAAACCUGUUUACUUUCAGUGAGGCCGACACGAAAGAGAUGCACAUCGAACGUGUAAAGAUUGGAAAUAGCCUGCACGUAGCGCGAUUUAAAUCGCGACCUGCGUUCAACUUUUCCAACCAUGCUAUCGAUGAUAUCUUAGAUAUCUUAGGGAUAAUGGAAUAUAAUCCCCAUCCUGUCAGCUAAUUCUGUGAAAUAAACGGAACCAGGAUCACCACAAUAAUACGGAAUUCUACAAAUGUUCCUUUUCAUGUAUUCUAUGCAGAACGUAUAAUCUAGAACUUAGAGAAAAUUUGGUAAGAGAAUUAAUAUCUAACACACGUAGCUGAAGUACACUUUAAUGAAUUUGGUUUGCGACUGAAACUCGACAAACCAACAAAAUUAUCAAUGACCAAUAUAGUUUCAUAACCUUGCGUCGGAUGAGCAGACGAGCAAAGAUGUCCCAGAAGUAGAAUUUGAUCUCGAACAAUAUGCAAAAAACGAUACUGUAUUCGUUCCAAGUUGAUAAUGUAAGCUCAGUUGCUGAGAGUAUCGUUAUAUCGUAACCUUUGUAAGUUUUCAUGUACUAAAAUGGGAAACUUUGGAGACCAUUCUAUUCUCUACUAGAUGUUAAAAUUGAGCUGAAUCACGCUUCAUAGGAAACCAGCUCGAUUUUCUUCUUGAAGAACUCGUUACCCGAAUUUACAAGCAAGGCGCCAAUAUAUCCUAAGAUUGCAAUAGUUUUUUUUCAAAUAUGUAGCUCUCUGACAGAAACCACUUCAUAAUUUGCUAUUUGUAUUGGCAUUAAUGAGUUGGCAAGAUAUUGGUCGAUGUGAUUCAAGUACAAACUGUACAAGACCCUUGUGGAAAAACCAUGUAACCGCUCCAAGAAGAUGACGUUUCGCUAUGAGAAAGAGUAAUGCGCUUGUCAGACAACAAAUUGUACGAAUAGUUGUUUAGAUUCAACAGUGAAGUUUAUCCACGCUAACAAUUGUUACAGAAUCGUAAGCUCUAUUAUUGGCCAAGAAUACGGAAGCCAUUUGCACUUAAGAGCGUAUGCUAGUUGAAUUUUUGUUCAAAGCAGCGCAAGACAAUCGUUCGUACCUUUGUCUUUGCGAAGGGCAAAUUGAGUUUUGAUAAGAAGCCAUUUGCCUAUGCGUAGUAGAAUUGUACCUCAAUCGGCCGAUACGAAUUGUGGUCGAAAGCUGAUUAUGAAUAACAAUCACUGUUACUUGCCUCCAGUUCCGUAAACCAAAGCUGUGCUUCAGAAACUACUCUUUGCUGGAUCCGGCAAAUUCUUCAGUGAAUUGUAUAGUUCCCCGGCAACACGUCUUGCGCAAUUUUCUGCUUAGGAACCAGGUACGGACAUACCCUUCUUGAAAAGUCUAAAGUUCAUCGCCACGAAUAUUCCUCGUUUGUUCGAAAAAAUCCAAUCAUCGUUUCGUGGACAUGACGAUUUCUGCCUAAUUUUGAACGAAAAAGAUUCCCACGCACCUAUUCCUCGAGUCAGCACCAACGUCAACAACGUCAUCUAGGCUCACAGCAAUCUGUGUAUAGCCAGUCCGAUUUUCGCAGCCUCUUUGCCUUUAAAAUGCGCAAAAGCCUCUUCCACCGUGCGAUAGACGAACAACCGAUCGACUCCAAUAGUGUCUAUGUCGUCUAAAUGUCAAGAAGCAUCUCGUAGUAAUAGUGCCGUUACUUUGCAUAUCAGAUCUUGACAUCGCACUUUCCAGCACUCUUAAAUAACAAAUCAGGAAGUUCAUCGCUCUGCUUCAAUAUAUCUAACGUAACAAACAAGUAGGAUUUUUGUGGCUAUUCUGACGCUUAAUUUUGACUCAACCAGCGUCAAACGAAAUUACCUACUCAGUUUGCCGGAAAGCCAUGUACAAGCAUUAUCUGGCAUCACCGUUUUUUUAGUUGCACUGAAUCUUGCACUACUUUGAAAUCCACAAACAGAUGAUGAAUUAGCAUGUUGUGCUUCCAAAAUCAGGGAUUCAUCUUCUAAGGAGCAACUGUUGAAAUCGAGAGCCAUUACAUCGUUGUUUUGCUUGGUAUCCAUGUAAGAAGUGCUGUAUUGAAAACUUAACACUGUUCAAUUUUCAGUUGUUUACAUUUAUUGGGACUAAACAAAAUACAAUUUUGUAUUCGACUACACAUUUUACCGUGUAAUCACCAGAUUGGAAAUCUGACUCUAAUUUGAAUGGGUAACCUAAUAUAAAAAUCUUAACUUCUUCGAAUAUGUGUAAAGUUUUUGGAGUAGUUUUCAGUACCGCACUACAAAAUCUGCUUCAUAUAGAUUCUUUAAAAUGCUAGGAAAAAGGAUGGACGGGUUAUGUCAGAGACAUAACCGAAGUGAAAUAGAAUACACUUUAGGCUGUUAAUACGCAUGCUGCAAUUUUUACUAUCUUCUAGUUAUUUCGAUAGAUCUAAUGGAAAUACCGAAAUAUCGUUACAUGUGCAUCGAAAUCUAAAAUAUUCAAACAUACUCGAGCAUAUGGAUUGUCAUAUGGUAACCCUGACAAGAACAUUCAAUGAUAGGGAAAUAAUUCAUUUGGCAACAGCAGAUAAUUCGCUAUACGUGUUCCAUUAGGAAUACCGAAAAUACUACCUCUCAGAAGAUAGUAUAAAUUGCAGCAUUCGUAUUAACAACCAACAGUGCAUUCUACUUCACUUCGAUUAUGUCUCUGACAUUACCACCUACCCAUCUUUCGAAUUUUAGAAUAUGUACGACAAAGAAUUUUGUGGAAAACAAAUAGGUACACAUUUUGGUUACCGGAAAGUGGAAAGAAAACAAAGGGCCGAUACAAGAUUUUCGUAUGCGAGCUACCGACCUUUUACGGAAUCUAAUAUAAUAUACGUGCAUAUAUUUCCGAUCAGAUAGUGCAAAAAUAUAGUGAUUUCCAUCAGUACAAUGCAAGUGAUUUCCAUUUCAAAACUGGGAAGUAUUCUACUUCAAAAAUUUAUAUGGCACAACCUUGAAGAAGAACCUUCUUCGUGGGUGUACUGUCCUAUAAUACUGUUACAGUUUUUGGCACAGACACUGUUAUCCCGACAGUCGAUUCGUCGGUUCCACGAAAAACGCGAAAUUCCUGCCCGAGCAGAAAUUGGGUGAAGGAGUAGAUAAUUUCGGAACGAGAUAAAACGAGUGCUGUCGUAGCUGGUUAACUUUUAUAAUUGCCUUUUUCUCUCGCAUACUGACAGCCCCCUAUCAUCACUGCUUCAAUCUUAUCUAGAUGAUACCCGUCAAAUAUUCUAGUCGCUACGCAGACAUAGAUUCCGUAACACAGCUCCCCUCUAAAGGCUUGAUCGCCCCGACAAGUCCUAAAUUCUGCGGUUGGUACGGUGCCAGGCGAUCGAUGUGAACGACUUUACUGCGACAGUUAUCACGACGGAUUUGGUAGAUCAGCUCACUAAGUUUUCGCUCGAUGUUGUACGGGCCAUCCCAAUCACAUUAAAGUUUUGGGGAUUUCCCGACUCUACGUUGAGGGUUAUAAAGCCACACUUGUUGACCGACGGCCAAACUUAUUGGAUUGGCUCGUUCAUCAUACCACGCUUUCAUGCUUUCAGCAGUUACGUUGAGAUUGCUUCUGGCUACCUCCUGUACGUCGCGCAUGAAUUCGAGUUUUUGUUGCAAGUACGCAGGCAGCGGAAGAUCUUGGUCUGAUGGUGCUCGUGGACGCCAUAGAUCGACAGGAAGUCGAAUCUCUCUUCCUAAAUUGAGUAAUGCAGGAGUGAAUUUGGUGCUGUUAUGAACGGAAGCCCUGUAGCUCAUCAACGCGAGUGGUAGGAGACUGUCCCAAUUUUGUUGGUCUUUGUCCACAAAUUUAGCUAAGUAAUCCAGCAAAGUUCUAUUCAUUCUCUCCACAAUUCCAUCCAAUUGAGGAUGUAAUGGAGUAGUUCGUGUUUUGUCUGCACCAAGAAGGUGAAGUAAUCCUUUGAAUACUUCUGAUUCGAAGUUUCUCCCUUGAUCGGAAUGAAUUCGCUGCGGCACACCGAAUCUGGAAACCACCGUUGAAAGUAAAGCUUCUGCCACAACGUCAGCUGUUUGGGUUGGGAGUGCCACAGCUUCGGGCCAUUUCGUGAAAUAGUCGCAAAUUACCAGUAUCCACCUAUUUCCUCGAGGAGUGGUCGGCAAUGGUCCUAAGAUGUCAAUUCCUACUCUCUCGAACGGUUCGCUAACAAAUGUCAGUUCUAGAUUGCCUCUCAAGCGGCGACCAGGACCCUUUCGAGCUGCACACGUAACGCAUUGUAAACACCACACCUUAACAUCGCUUGAUAACCCUGGCCAGUAGAAUCGCUCCUUAACUUUUGCUGUUGUUUUGGCGACUCCAUUAUGUCCACCUGUUAGACCAUUGUGCAUAUUGUUCAAGAUAUCAGGAACUAGUGAUCUAGGCAAAAGCAUUUGGAGCGUAUGUCCAUUGCUUGUAUAGUAUUUCCUAUGCAACACACCAUUAACGAUUGUCAGGUCGCUGAACAUUUUCCAAUAGACCUUGCAAGAUUGUGUAUAACGUGAAAGGAGCGCGGCUUCUGGGCGGCUUCCAGCUUUAACCCAUUCGAAGAUUAUACGUAAGUCUCGAUCAUCUAAUUGCGCUGUUUCCAUGUCGCUUUGUUGACGAGUCACUCUCCUGCAUUCUUCUAUUUAGUCUCCUAAUUGGUUCGGUUGAUUGGCAUCGAAUUUCUCACAGUGUUUGCAUCCUGGAUGAUAACAGGGUCUCCUCGACAACGAAUCAGCAUUCCGAUGCUUUAAGCCUGGUCGAUGCUCACAACGGUAAUCAUACUGUGACAGACGCUCUACCCAACGGGCUAAUUGUCCUUCAAGACUUUUGAAACUGCACAACCAUUGCAAGGCUGCAUGAUCGGUGCGUAGUAAAAAUCGACGGCCGUACAAAUAGUGGUGAAAAUGACCCACAGACAUCACCACUGCGAGAAGCUCUUUUCUGGUGACAUAAUAGUUCCUUUCAGCCUUGGACAAGCAUUUGCUGUAAUAGGCUAUAACCUUUUCUUCUCCAUGCUGUAUUUGUGACAAAACCGCUCCGAUUCCGUUUUGACUCGCAUCAGUAUCCAGUAUGAACGAUGAUUGAAUAUCGGGAAAUGCUAAAACCGGCGCGGAAGUGAGUAAGGUUUUCAGCUUCGUAAAGGAUUCUUCGCACUCCAUAUUCCACUCAUAUUUAGAACGCGUUUCGGUAAGUUGGUGCAACGGUUUAGCUACUGAAGAGAAAUUUUUCACGAACUUUCUGUGGUACGCACAUAUCCCAAUAAAACUUCUUAGCUCGGAUUUGUCCUUAGGACGUGGCCACUGCGAAAUUGCGUUUAUUUUCCGUGGAUCAGUAUGUACUCCAUGUGAGGAUACCGUGUGACCAAGAAAUGUUACUUGGAAUUCUAGAAGCACACAUUUCCUGGGAUUUAGCUUCAAUUUGGCAGCUCGAAGUCUUUCAAACACCGCGGUUAAGUUAAUCAGAUGAACUGUAAAGGUCUUCGAGUGCACAAUGAGAUCAUCCAUGUACACCAAACACAGUGUCCAUGGGAGUCCUUUAAGAGUCAUAUCCAUCAAUCGCUCGAAGGUUGCAGGACUAUUGCAAAGCCCAAACGGCAUAACUGUGAAGUUCCAUAAAUCCUUACCAGUAGAGAAAGCGGUUUUAUUUUGGUCCACUUCGUUAACUGGAACCUGCCAAAACCCACUUUGUAGGUCAAGGGUUGAAAACCACUGCGAUCCGUUUAAAGCGUCAAGCGUCAAAUCGAUUCUAGGAAGAGGAUAAGAAUCUUUAGUAGUCAGAUCGUUAAGCUUACGAUAAUCUACACAGAACCUUGUACUCCCAUCCUUCUUCUUCACAAGAACUACUGGUGAACACCACGGGCUUUGUGACUCCUUGAUAAUUCCAUGCGCCUCCAUUUCCUUGAGGAGACCGUCCACCUCGGCUCGUUUUGCCAGUGGAAUUUUACGCGGAGGAAUUUUCAACGGUCGGUUGUCCCCUGUAUUAAUGCUGUGCUUCAACAGGUUAGUUUUUCCAGUAUCCCCAGGACCAGUACUGAACACGUCCUGAUAAUUUCGCAGAAGAUGGGCGAGUUCAGCUUUUUGAUCACUGUUUAACCUUUUCGAGGCAGCUGCAAACAUCUCUCGCAGAUGUUCCGGAAGCACAUUGGAUUGUUCACCUUCUCGUUGGCUCGUGACACCCGCACCAUCCACGACAACCAUCGAAUGACAUGUUCCUACGUUUGUACCAGCUUUCAGCAACACGAGCGAAUCCGAAGUGUUGAGCAUCCUAACAGGAACUUGGUUAUGGUUGAGGUUAGAUACAGUUCUUGCAACGACGACAGCGUCACUAUCCAGAUUGCCUUCAAGCAAAAGAAUCGCACUUCCAUUGGCUGAACAUUUCGCGGUUGCUAAAACCUCACUACAAACAGGAAUUUCGACAUCAGUAGAUAGAAAUACCGGAACUCCCUUUUGGUGCUGACUAUGUUUCGACAAAGGAAUCGAGCACGCAUCUGAGAAAUGCAAGUCUCCUCGUAUGAAAUCUAAGACACACCCAUUCGCAGCUAGGAAGUCGCUUCCAAUAAUGCAAUCCUCCGGUAAAUCCACAACCCACGUAGGAUAGCAGACAUUAAGAUUUCCAAAUCUAAACUCAAUCUUCACUUUUGAAAGAACAGGAAUGAGCUAUCCCGAAACGGUCCUAAUGAACUUUUUCUUGCAGUCUUCUGUUGGAAUUGUCGAUCUGUUUUUCAAAAACUUAUGACUGAUAAGUGUUUUCGCAGCACCGCAAUCGAUGAUCGCCUCACACGGUGAACCGUUAACGUCUAUUUUAGCGAUAUAACUGCCCUGAUGCCGUGCGAGUGUAUGAACAUAAUAAACAUUGUGUGGAGCAUUUUCAUCUGCCAGUCUUUGCUCCUCUAGGCUGGCGUGCGAUCGUUUCCCGAACUGCGUCUAAAGUUUCGUUUCUUUUUACGGUAAAAGUUAGUUUGCGUUCCCACUGUGGAACCAUUCGCCUUCACUUCAUAAGCGAUCGCUUCAUCGUCGGAUGUCUCACAUGUGACCGAUCCCUCGCUUUCCGUUGUAGCAGUUGUCACCAUUCUUAUCGUUUUCUGGGCCGAUCUCGUUGCGUUGCGGCUAUAAUCUAUCUGCAGAGCCAGCUGGAGCACAGCAUCUUGUGUUUGCAACCCAGCCAGGCGAACGCGAUCCUGAACGACUGGAUCGAGCAAGCCGUCGAUGAAAUGAUUUAGGGCGAUGAUAUCUCGCACAUCGCUAGGACAAUUGUAAUAUACGGACGAGACCAGUUUCUUUACAUCGUCGGAAAAGUGAACGAGAUCCUCAUUGCGCUGUUGUUGUCUGGUUCUGAGCUACGCAUGGUUCAAUCCUCUCCGUAGUUCAUCGCCGAAACGUUGAUUAAGAGCAGUUUUUAAUGCAUUAUAAUUUGCACGAUUCCUGGUACUCAAAUUGCGGAGCACUUCUAAUGCCGGGCCUCUCAGCAUCGCGGCUAAAUACUUCGCACGUAGCUCUUCACUCCAUCCAUUUAUAUCAGCAGCAAUUUCGAAAGAAAGAAUGUAGUCGGACCACUGUUUGCUUCCAUCGAACAUGUCCGGAGUGAUCUUAACGUAAGAAGCACGUGAUACAAUACUUGGCACAUGUUCAUUCGGGCCAUGGAUGAUUGACACAUCGUCAUGACCGUCGUCUCCUUCGGACAGCAUCGAGCGGUCGGCUUGUUGAACACCAGAAACGUUCGGAUCGGCUACUGGUACGGUGUCGCAGCGUUUACCGGACUCAUGUGGGGAACUAUGAGUUAUGGGUGCUCCAGUCAGCUGCAAUGCAUUCAAUGCUACACUAAAUUCUCUCAUUGUUAGAGCAUUCACCUGGUUUUUCAACCGGCCUAACUCCUCUCCAUAUUCUUGUAGUUGGUCCGCCACUUCCAUUCGAAUGUCUCUAACAGACGAGGUUAUGGUACUGUUAAGCACAUCGAAUUUGUCCAUUAGUCCCCGGCGGUCAUCUUCGUCUUUUCUCCGAAACUCAACGAACAUGUCCCUAAUACCCGCUAGCAAUCUUGGGCUCGGAACGCUGUCCUGCUCCUGGUUUCCCGGGAGUGGAGGCUCAGGUGAAUCUCGUGGUGGUGAUGACAUAACCAAAAAUCUGCACUUAAGGGUUUCACAACCCCACUUCUGACACCACUGUUACAGUUUUUGGCACAGACACUGUUAUCCCGACAGUCGAUUCGUCGGUUCCACGAAAAACGCGAAAUUCCUGCCCGAGCAGAAAUUGGGUGAAGGAGUAGAUAAUUUCGGAACGAGAUAAAACGCGUGCUGUCGUAGCUGGUUAACUUUUAUAAUUGCCUUUUUCUCUCGCAUACUGACAGCCCCCUAUCAUCACUGCUUCAAUCUUAUCUAGAUGAUACCCGUCAAAUAUUCUAGUCGCUACGCAGAUAUAGAUUCCGUAACAAUACUAUUUUAGUCUUUUUCGAUUGCAACAAUCUGGAGUUCAGCGAUGAUCUGUCAAACCAGCACAAAGAAAUGCAAAGAAGAUCGGUUACAGUGUCCUACAAUAUUUAAUAAAUUUGCUUGGCGGUGAAGAAAUCCAAUUUCCCAUUUAACUGGCGGGGGGCCCACCGAUAUUCAGCCGAAAGGCAGUACAAGUGGAGUGAGAUUUUACACCGAGGAGGUGACACAAGUGGAAGUGGAAAUCGAAGUAGGCUUUGAGUAAAGUUGGACGCGUUUCCUCGAAUGUCGAAAAACCAAUCCUUUGUGCUGCAAAUUAGUUUUUUCUCGUGCCGAUUAUUUCGUAAACUUAAAAGUAAUUUUGCACGUACGAGUGCGUAUGCACGUUUUAUGUACAAAGGCCCAUAGUCUAUUAUACAUAGUCGCUUGGUGGAAACGUUAGUUCCACUUAUCGGUAUCGGUUUACUACGGAUUGUGGAAUAUUAUCCUUCGGAAGCAGUAUUCGGAUAUGGAUAUGAAGUGUUCGUUAAAUAUCCGUUUGCAACACAUCACUUGUAAUAGGGAACAGCGAAACUGCUGCGCUUGGAAGAGCUGCAGCAUGUAAGCAGAUGCUUUGGCGUGAAGUAGCGACAGCUGGCUUGAGGGGAAUUUGCGAGAAAGAAUUGCACGUCCAACUUAGCAUACAGUUGUCAACACCAUCAGCGGGAAUACUACAAGAAGGUGGUUGAAAGGUGGUGUCUCAAGCCAUUACCUUUUCCAGCCCUGCCAAGUAAAUCUGGUGAGAUCAAGCAAAUUUAUUUGUUUAUUAUCAAUUAUGUUGCUUAGUAUAAAAAUCACCCCAAACCCACAUCUGUAGGGUUUUAACGUGCACAUUAGUAGCAGACGCAAAUUAUGCUCACCUGGACUAUUGAUUGACUUGGGUAUUCUGACAGAUUGGAGACUAAGCACGAGGGAACGACGACGAGGUGGAGAGGAGAGAUAGGUAGCGGGGACGGAUAGCAAAACAACGAGAAAGCGACAGUGCAGGGAUACUUACGGGAGGAGGCGUGAAGACUGCUACCCAGUUAUUACAACAUCCCAUUUUCCUAUCCUAAUAACCAAAUCUAAUAACAUCCGUAAUGCCUAUUGAGCUUGUGCGGGUUCCCCGCAUCUUCUUAAGUCAUAUGUUAUGUUAGUCAACUAACAUUUCCUUCCCUUUAGCGAUCGUAAGGACAUGGCCAGGUGUGCAGUGAAAUAUAUUAUUGUGUAAAAAGAUUUCACUGUAUCAGCCAUCCAUGAUGUGUGCAGUCGUAUACGCUAUGUUAUGCUAAGAGAUAGUUCCCCAUUUAUCUUUGCGAGAGAAAACUUACAAGGAGCACUCUACCCGAGCAGAGUAUGACAACAAAUUGAAAACUAAACUUGAUGUUGUGAUGGUCGGCAAAUGAUUGCUCAGGUUGUUUUGGUCGUUUUAACGAUUAAAUGAUCGACUUUGCUCGGCACAAAUCUCCGAUCAACAUGGGGAACGUGCCAUUUGAGCCAGACGCUACUUAUUGCUCGGGUAGGAUGUUGAUGUCAGAGUUUAGGAAUACCACCAACCAACCUAGAGUUCAAGUUCUUAAUUGCAACAAUAACUGAGAGUACAUGAUAGAAAUUUAAUUGAAAAAUCGAAUGCGUAUUACAUCUACUAAACUCCCAUAGAGUUCUGAAUAAAUUAUGAAAAUUCCGUAGAUUCCACGAGUUAGUCCGUAGAUACGUGAUACGUAGCAUUUUUUGAGUAAUUUUUAACACCCCCCUCCCCCAUCGUAGCAUUUUGUCACAAAUCUUUAAAUACCCCCUGGUUUUUACGUAGCUUGACGGUAACUUCCCCUCCCCCCUGACCCCGUAUUUUUUUUAAAUAAAAAACGAUGUUAGUUAUUCUCCUUUAAAAAGCUACGUAGCCUGACAUGAGCCCCUAUCCCCCCGUCGUCACACAUCAUCACAAAAUACAAAACUCCCCCCUCCCCCAUAUAAUGCUACGUCAUUUAUGGAUGAUCCCUGAAGAAAUCAGAAAUCCGUAGAUAUACAAGAAAAUUCGUAGGGUGGACAGAAGCAGAUAGGAGACUGUGAUUCGAAACCAGUUGCUUGAAGGCGACGGACGAACAACCUUUUCAUGAGACUGUACACAAAGACCAGGUCAUCAGAGCAGUUACGACACACUGAUUAUAUUCCACAUACAGAGCCGUAGCGUGGUCUUCUUGGAAUCUUUUGCGCCCCUGUGGUAUUUACUUCAGUUCGACCUUCAAAUAGUAACUUGUGUACAUGAAAAUGGUCCACCUACUUCCUACUUAAUUCAUGUUUGACUGUCGUUCAUUCCAUGUAAAUUCAAGCCACAAAUCUUUUACUUUUAUCUGGGAAUUCAGUUCACGCUAGGUGUUUGAAGGCGACAGAGGAAGCAUCUAUUCAGACGACAUGUAUGGAAAACAGGUGAUCAUAGAAUUUAAUAACCGGACGCACCUCAACAAAAAAAAGUUUAGCUCAAUCGGACGCAAUUAAGGGGCAAAACGGCCAAAUUGCAAAAAAAAUUUACCCGUAAAAACACAAAAGGACCAGGGUUGUUAAUACGAUACAUUUUUCACGAUAAUUUAUCGGCGUUACUCGUUAACGAUAAUGUAUCGUUGCCCUCAUCGUCAUCGACGAUAGUUGUAUCGUCGUUUUCAUCGUCAUCGUCGGUUCAUCGGUUAUCGCGAUACAUUUUGCGUUACUUUCCCAUUUAUUGGAGUUGAAGUUGAUCCGGUUAACUUUCAAUUGUUUAGAAAUAAAUACCUAUUGAAGGACAUGUUGUUGGCAGUUGAAAAUCAAUAGUUUUGGACAUUUUCUAUGCACAACGGGGUCCAACGAUGCGUCAAAAUGAAAUUAUUUUAACUUUUCGGGAAAGUGUAUUAUAUUGAAGGGAAAGUUGUUGGCAAUUGAAAAUCAAUAAUUUUGGACAUUUCAAUACGCUGAAGGGUCCGACGAUGUGUCAAAAUUGAAUUUUUAAACUUUUCGAGUAAGUUUGUGCACAGAAGAGUUCCAGGUGCACAGUGUUUCCAAGCGGCAAAAAGGUGUUUAAAAUUGUUUUGACCAUGAAAAAAACAAAUUUUGAGCUAUUGUGUAAUUAGUAAUUUAUAGUACGCAAAAUUGUAGUGUAUUGAAAAAAACUUCUAAACCACUAUUAUUAGGCCAUUCACAAAUUACACUACACAUUUUAGUGGUGUGGUGAUUAACAGAUUUUAUUAUAAUGUUAAUUGAAACUAGAAGAUUUCGGAUUUUAAAAAAGAGAAUAUACAUACAUAUUUCCAAUGUUUGAUUACCUUUUCUAGUUAGGAAGCUUUUAGCCCCCUCUUUCUUCUCUACACUAUGUAACAAGAUCCUUCUUUUACCCUUAAAUAUGUAGUGUAAUUUAUGAACGGCCUCAUAAUAGAGUUUUAGUCGUUUUUUGAAUACAGUGAAGACCCGUUUUUAUCAGCCCCUUGGCGAAUUUUAGGCUGAUAAAACAAUGACAUUGGCAAAAUCGGCACAUAUUUUUUUCUGGUUCUGAAGAGACGAAAUCGAAACGCAAACACCUGGACUAACAUAUUUUUUCUUUCUUUUUAAUAAAUCGGAGCGGUUAAAAUAUUCUUCUUUAGUCCCUCGACAAAGCCUCAUAACCCGUUCUGAUCAUUUACUAACAAUUUCCCUUAAGGAGGUCUUACAGUACAGUAUUAUUAUUUUUGUAUAUUUUGCAUCUCUAAGAUAAGAAAAAUAUGCUAAAGAAGGAAUUUACUCGAAUUUGACUUGAACGUAGGCUAGAGCCCACCAAACGAUUUUGAUAGUGUUUGUUUUACAGAUUCGUAUUGGUAUUCGUCUGCGGAAAUUUGCGGCUUCCAUACCAAAAUAUUGCGUUUUGGGCACUAAAACAUUCGAUAACUUCUAAGUUGUAAGAGAUACAAAUAAACUUACAUUACAAAAAUUCUGUAUUUUCUUAUGCUGAACAAAAUCUUGGAACAUUUUGAAAUUCUACAAAAUUACCAGGAAAAGUAUUUUUUAAAAAGAUUAAUCACCCAACUAAUACUUUUUAAAUGCAAAAAAUAUAAAUAAACUUUGCUGAAGACACUAUAGCUAAAAAAUGUUUUUCGUGGUUCGAAGAAUUUCUUUCACCUUUUUGCCACUUUGGAAACACUGUGCACUGGUGGAUCCUCCUGUGUAUUGAAAAUGUCCAAAACUAUUGAUUGUCCUCCAAUAGUUAUUUAUUUCAAAACAAUUGAAAGUUAACCGCAUCAACUUUAACUCCAAUAAACGGGAGAGUAACGCAAAAUGCAUCGCGAUAACCUCCGAUAAUUAUCGACGAUGACGAUGAAUCCGACGAUAAAUUAUCGAUAACGGAGUUUCCGAUGACGUUGACGGGUGGUUAACGUUAUCGACGAUGACGAUUAAUUAUCGAUUAACAACCCUGAAAAGGACCCUUAGAACAUUCAAAAAUUGAAUUCGAAUUUCUAAAUAUGCUAAAUAGCUAAGGGUGUAAUGAAACGUUGAUAUCUACUGCCACACUGAAUUUUGUUUUAAGAUAGCCUUUAUGAAACAUGGAAAAUUCUGAUUUUGAGUUCAUACUGGGGUUUGAAAAGGCUGCUUUUAAUUUAUUUUCUAUGCCAAAUGUCUUAGAAUUGCAUGAGCAAUGGAUCUUGUAUCUUCUCGAAAAAAAAUUGUUUUAACAAAAGUUGCCUCUCUGGUAUUUUUGAUUUUUAAACUGAGAUUUUCAAAAACAAAAAACUUGUUUUAUUUUCGAACUCUGGUGUCAACAAUUUCGACAGUUCAUUCAAAAAAAAACUGCCAUUCCAAACCCAAGUCUUAUCUCAACUCAAAAAUACUCGUUGGACCACAAAGACAUUUUUUUAACAUUACACCUGAUCUCGACGCUAUUAUGCUAUUGAGGUGUGUCCGAUUUGAAAUUUCAGGAAAACCAUUAAUAUUGGCACUCUACCGUAUAUUAAGUAUACUCCUCAAUUGAUCCAAAUGAUCCUAAAAUGGAUGCCGAACAAGAUUCCUCGCCAAACAUCCGUGCUUCCAUUUAAAAUCAAACUUGUUAAACUGGGUUCGACCGUAUCCGAUAUUCUUUCGUAUCAAAGAUAGUUCGCGAAGUAUUCUUAUAUUCCGUAAGACGCAGAAAAAUUCAGCUGUGCCAGAUAUUUCGAAAGUUCGCCUAAAUAAGCUCAGGAUUGUGAUAUUUUAUCUAAAGCAAACAAAUGACGUUACUGGCGAUAAGACUUUCACGAAGAACUAACGCCUUUACAUGCCCGCUCACAAAGUUGAGAUCGAUGGUGUAGCUAUCGAUUCGAACUUGGCAUGCGUGGAUCUACUGAAUAAUCACACCAGACCUUCAAGCAAGUGUCGGGUGACCUUUUGGCGACCUUUGCGUCUUAUUCGACAAAAAUCAUCUGCAUGAUCGGUUCUUUGUGCCACGCGUCAUGCAUGCAGUAUUGCACUAAUUACAAGCAAAUGAGUCUUUCUACCAUUUUUUCUCUUUUCAAAGGCCGCUUAAUAUACCAGCAUGAAAAAAUCUGCAACAAACCAGAAGCAAACAGCAUCUGGUCAAUUCAGAAGAAACAAAGAGUUUCCGACGCUUCCAGGAACACUAAAAACCAUGUGACAUAGGUUGGAAACCGGCAACUUUGUGAUAUUAUAGAACUCCUCCCGGCAUCGAGAAGACUUCAAUUUUCAUGGUACAACAUGAGGUCUCGAUGAUAACUGAUCUAGCUUACUCUACGAUCUUUGCUACAGCUUUAAAAAGAUGGCCUGGUUUACUGGCCAUGAUCACGUUCCCCUUGUUCCUAUGAAACUGAAAAAAAACGAGCGGAAAAAGUUUGCAAUAUUUUUCACUAUUUUCGUUGAAAUUUGAAGUCUUUGUCUUGCUUGUUGUUCAUUCUGGACUAACAGCGUAUUCUUUUGACGCCUUUGGUAGAGUGUUAGUUAUGCGCCUUUUUGCUUUUCAAACUUCUAUUCUAUUCUAUUCUAACCCUUACACAGCCAGUAUUGAAAAGCAUCCUGGAAAACACUGCAAUUAUUCUGUAGUGUUUUUCUUGUCAAUAUUAAUAUUUGAAGCAUAUUUUCGUAUGUUGCAAAUAUCAAAACGGCCAGGCCUACUGUGCAGAGUUGGUAUUGAAGAUGUUUCAAAAUUAGACGACAAUUAAAUUAUUCAUUUAAUGAAUAAGUUAAUUAACGAAUUGUUUUGAAUCCUAAAGGAGGAAGAAACGAGGACAACCGUACCAACCGUUUCAGUUUAAAGGGGAUAUAAUAAAUCGUUGGGAGUGACUUGGCUAAGAAGAUUAAUGUCACUCCUUUGGUUCUUUGGGAUGGGACAGAGGUAUUUACACCUUGCCCUGGCUCAUUAAGCCUAGGUUAAAGCGCCUUUACUCGCUCUUAAUUCGCGGCCGAGAAAUCCGGAUGUUUUCCCGAACUAUUCUGGCUGCCUCUGAAAACUAGUAAAUCUGACCAGCGACAACCGUACUUUCUCUUAUUCUAAGGAAGGGAGUCACGUCGGAUGUAGCACGCGUAAAGGAUUACUCAGACGAUACAUCACCUUUCAUCAACGUCACCGUUCCGUCAGGAUAAGUUUAAUACUUUUCUCUUGUGCCCGUUCAAACGUGCCCUACGUCAAAAUGUUCCGUGCCUUUGAUGUUGUGUGUGAAUGCUUCCAUUUAACUGCAUGUAGCUAAUCUUGACGUUCCGUACCGGUGACGGAAGCCUGAUGUAUCGUGUGAAUCGUACUUAAUUCGUACAAUGAUGCGCUAUAAUGCGAACGACCUCCGACAUGAAGAAUUAGCACUAAACAAGCGAAAAAACGACAGUCGCUGGCCCUCAAAUGCAACAAUAAUACUAUCGAACGAACCAACUAAUUUCAGAAAUAAGCUUUUAGAAAAUGGCAAAUAAAUCUGACUCACGUGUAAUAAGUUAAUCCACAAUGCUGUUAUCUGUAUCUCUCGUGAUGGCGGUAUUGACUCCCACACACAGAAUACUCACGAUUUUGUGGGUUCCAGUUGUAGUUGAUGUUGCAUUCAAUCGAGCCCAGGAGAUCCCUUGUCGAGCCAGCCAUCGCUUCAAACAUUUUUUGAAUGUUGAACACUCCGGAGUGAACGUAUUUUUCCGGUUCAAUGACAUCUGCAGCCAGGAGGUCACCGGAAUUAAACAGUUCUGGGUUUUCCAGUUUUGAGGGGAUUUCCUGAGGUUGGGCCGCUUGCGGAGUGAUGCCUGUAGUCGUAUCUCCCCGAACUCAGUCCGCUUGGGGCACGAACUUCUAAAUGCAAAAUUGUUCUCUUCAUCAGCUGAGUUGUUGAAGAGCAGCGAAAGGAAAACUUUAUUUCCUCAAAAACGUGUCAGGAGCGAAAAAAAACACCUUCGUCGUCAGAGGUUGCUGCGAUCGAUCGCGCCUUUUUGCUUUUCAAACUUAUUUUAAAAGCCAGAUCAAGAUUCAGGCGCCACCCCUAAGGUUGGCAUCCUUGGCGGGGGCCAACCUGGCCACCCGCACGCUACGGCUCUGGCCACAUAUUAUCUUUCUAUCUUUUAGGAAUAAAAAGCAACGUGUCGAUUGAGUGAAUUAGUUCGGAUUUUUGAAAUGUCAGAAUCAGAAUAGAUCAUUUAUGAAAUACCUUUUCUUCUUCUCAGCCGACACGAAACUACGCUAACCAUAAUGGCAACCAACAUCAUCGUCAUGUUCGUAAAUCGAUGAUAUGAUAUGAUAAAGAUGUUUCAAAUUCAUCCAGUUAGACGGCGUCCAUCAAGUCGACCAUUACGGAACCCGUGAUGUACGAUUCCGAGACAAUUUUUUUGGGCUUCUCAAUUGACGAUUUAACGUCGGUAACAAAUGUGUCAACAUUUUCACACGGACGCAAAUUUCGCUCUGAACAUUUCCCAAACGUUCGGCUAGUUUUUGUAAAGAUAGACCGACAUUUGACAAACAUAGCUUCAUUCUGAGUAAGGAGCACAUCUGCAUUACCGACGUUAGGUCGCCAAUGAACAGUAAGAGAUAUCAUACGCCUAAAAUAUGCACACGGAGAUCUCGCUUAUUUAUACUACCGUCCUCCCCUUAAGCGGAGAAGUGGCUAGUUUGCCUUCAAAUUCGGCAUUUGUUUUUCUCCAAGUUAAAAACUCAAAAAUGGCUCAGUUGGAUAAGUCUAUACCGUCCAAACAGAAGGUUAGAAUUAAUCCAAUGCGUUGGGUGUGUGUGUCUAAACAAGCGUUUCAACAUUUUAAGAAAGUAUUGCUGUCAUACUGACUCUAAACGUUUAUCGUCAAAAUAGGAAAUGUUAUUGCGAGUUAUUCUGAAAUAGGAACGAACAAAAUGGCAGAUAGAACGUAAAAAUCAAACGGAAAGUGAGGCAAAUCAUCCCGGGUCGACUUGAAGUGACCGACUUUCCGGUAACCCCUUUAUCUAUACCGUGUAUAAGCUGCCAUGUAAUUAAGCACGCUAUAAAAAGCCGAGACAUCGCCAUUCAACCGGGAAUCACUUUUUUAAACUUUUUCAGCAUUGUUUUUUUUUAUGAAAACGCAGCCUUAUACAGUUACAUUAGAACUCUUCCAACGCAGAUUUUCAGUUCGUAUUAAAUAUCACCGAAUUCUCUCACUAUCUCUCUAUCUUCAACCGAUUGUUCCAUGUGCAAUUUUUACCCUUUUGAUUUUAAUUAGAUAAUCUAUGAGCGCUCCAUAUAUUUUUUCUACGUGCCCACAUAGCUAGCUGUUUAAGUUCUUUAAGGUAUAGAUUUAUUUACAAAUUCCAAAACAAAACACCGUGUGGGAUGAGUUGGAAUGUUGACUGCAUCCCAGCGACACACACACCAGAGCAAUACUUACAAUUACAUCUUAUUGAAGCAUUCUUACCUUUAGAGCUUAAGCAUUUAUUUUUUACCAUUAAACGAUUUAGUUGUUGUUUAGUUUUACCUCUAUUAUAUCUUUCGAAGACAAAGUAUGCAAUAUGAGAUAGAAGCUGUGCAUUUAACGUUAUCUAAAUCUAAUGCAAAUAAUAUUUACACCGGUUUAUUAUUAUUUAUCAAUAGAUUUGGCAAUUUUUCCUUUCCCCAAUGUAUUUCUUCCAAUAUAUGUGUAUAUUUUAAUGUUUUCUUCCAUUACAUCUUAGCUAAGAAUUUUUUUUCUUGAUUUUACGUUACAAACGGAUGCUUACAAGAUACAGUGUACACACAACAAAAACAAAAUAAAUAAAAAAACUACAGAAUACAUACGUUAUACGAACAAGAGAACGAAUUAGUUCGCAGCUAAGUUGCAAUUACAGGAAACGUAAAGUGAAAGGGAACAACUGGAAAACUAUUUCAAAUUAAAAAAAAAAAACAUUCUGAUCAGUGAUCACGAGGGCGACUUUUUUAAUCUUUGAUUUAAGUGUAGGCAAAAAUAUCUCGAACCGAUGCAACCACUAACAAAUUCGUAAACAAAAAAAAAAACUACAGGUGAAAACGGAAGCUCACGUAAAAGCUAGAGCUGGCAAGUCUAAAUAAUUGUAAUAUUUACAUACUAUCGUGUACUCCACUCUAUUUUUGUUAUCUUCACACUGUUAUUUGUACAUAAAAAAACGUUAGGAAAAAAGGGAAAACGAGACGUUUUGUUUCAUUUACUACUAAAACAGGUUACUAGUGACAAAUCAGAGACAGAUAAAUGACGCCGGUCAGGAGAAAUAGGAACUAAUAACGACGAUGACCAGCACCAGGAAGGAUAAUAAAAGAAGUAAAUCUAGGUUUCUUGUAUUUAAAUAAAAAAAACUGCUUUACACGUACAGAUGGAUAUGCAAAAAAAUACCUAUUCUAUUGAACGAUGAUAAAAUGGUAAAAUGAUAAUGCGCAAAACAAUUAACAAUUGAGAAAACGUAAACAAAUAUUACUGAAAGUAUAUACAUGAUUAUAUUAAUGAUGGGGGUAUAGUUAAUGUAUAAAUUUUACUAAACAAGCUCUUUGCGUUAGAAUUGAUAUGAAAUGAAAAAUAUUUUUACAAAAAAAAAUUAACACCUUUAUAUCUCAUUUUUAUUACAUUUACGAUUAUUUGUUUAUUAGAAAUGUUAUAUUUUGUAUUUUUUUAAAUAUUCUGUUCACUUAUUUCUUUUCUACAAAAUAAAAAAAAACUAUUGCAAACAAAACAACAAAGUAGGAUAGUGGCGAGCAAAGCAAAACAAAGUAACAAAAAAAAGAAAGAAACGUUAUAUGAUUAUGAUUACGCCGGAGAAUGGAUUGGUGCCGGAAGAAAGCUAACCACAGUACUUUUGGCAAGAAUGUAACAAGCUGAUCGGAGAUUGAAAACGCUGAACGAGAAAUAUGAAAUGAUAAUAUUACAACUAUAAAUAUAUGAGAACAACUGAUGGAAUAAUGCAUAACAAAAUAUUAUUGCAACAAGGUCAUACAUACAUAUAAACAAUUAAAAAAAAGUGAAAAAUAAUUAUGUAUGUUAAAAGUGGACAUUAAGUAUAUAAACAUCAAAAUAUCUUAAUAUAUGUGAACAAUAUUUAAUUUAACAGAAAUAUAUUUUAUGUAAAAAAUA